CGAUGGUCGCGUAUGGCGUGCGGAGUGUAAGAGAGCUCGUUCUAAGGGUUGGCGAUAUUAUCGACUGGCUGGGUAGUCCCGCAGUGGAGCGGGCAAGUAAACACAGUGCAGUGCAGGAGACGAGCGUGUCUGCAUCAGAAGCAAGGCCGACGACGAAGAAAUCACAGAGGGAAGGAUUGGAUUGGAGAUGUGGUGCUCAUGAGGGUGCGCGUGUUCCCAGUGAUUUUUGCAUGAUUCGCGUGUUGUCCUGAUCGCAGAAGAGAAUGUCCUCCAUAUCCGCCCAGGGGGUGGUGGAGCGAGCGUCCGCGGAGCUAUCGAAACGCAUCAAUGGCCUCCGGGGCAGCAAGCAUCAUUCAGCCAAGGGCAGCGUCAUGGAGAGGGUCACGAACGUCUUCUGCGGCAGCAGCAACAACCCGGUCACGGCUCCGGAGAAACCGUCCCGUUUGCUGCCUAGAGGUGGUGGAAACAGCACGUCCACGACGACGACGACGUCUUCUGCCACCUCAAAAGCUCUCAGCAGCCACGCGAGACAGAAGCAGCAAGCUGCAGUUUCGCGCUCCUUCCUCCAGGCCCAUCUCACGUGGGAUCAGCUGAUGGCCGCCGACUGGUUCCUGAUGAAGUUCUUCCUGUACUUCAAUUCCAGCGAGCGGUGCGUGCUUGCGCAGGUGUGCUCGCUGUGGAGGGACGUUCUGUACCGGUCCCCCAGGUACUGGUCCGGUCUGGUGCCGGUCGUGCAGUGUCGUGAGCUCAGGAACUUUCAGCAGCCGGAGAGGGCCCGACUCUACGCCUCUUGGGUGUGUCGUGGCUUCCACACGCUCGGCCUCAUGGCUGCUUCCGACGAGGAUGCCCUCGAUCUGGUCAGCUCGUUCCCGCUCGCCUCCAAACACGUGCACUCCCUCAGUCUCAAAUGCUCCAGCAUCACAGACAGAGGUUUAGAGACACUGCUGGAUCAUCUCCAGUCGCUGUUCGAGCUGGAGUUGGCCGGGUGCAACGAGAUCACAGAGACAGGACUGUGGGCGUGCCUGAAUCCUCGGAUCGUUUCGCUGACGCUGACGGACUGCAUAAACGUGGCCGACGAGGCCGUGGGGGCGGUGGCUCAGCUGCUGCCCGCCCUCUACGAGUUCUCCCUACAGGCUUACCACGUCACGGACGCCGCUCUCUGCUACUUCUCGCCGAAGCAGAGCAACUCCCUGAACAUCCUCCGCCUGCACUCCUGCUGGGAACUAACCAAUCACGGCGUCGUCAAUAUCGUCCAUUCUUUACCCAAUUUGACGGUGCUCAGUCUGUCCGGUUGCAGCAAGAUAACCGACGACGGCGUCGAGCUGAUAGCCGAAAACCUGCAGAAGCUGCGAUCCCUCGACCUCUCCUGGUGCCCCAGGAUCACCGAUGCUGCCUUGGAAUACAUAGCCUGCGAUCUCAAUCAACUCGAGGAGCUAACACUAGAUAGAUGCGUCCAUGUGACCGAUAUUGGUGUGGGUUACAUCUCGACGAUGCUCUCCCUGUCGGCUCUAUAUCUGCGCUGGUGUUCGCAACUCAGGGAUUUCGGUCUGCAACACCUAUGCGGCAUGCGAAAUCUGCAGAUCCUAUCGUUGGCGGGUUGUCCGCUCUUGACAUCAAGUGGAUUGUCCAGUCUCAUACAGUUGAGGCACAUGCGAGAACUGGAGCUCACCAAUUGUCCGGGAGCUUCGAAAGAACUCUUCGACUACCUUCGGGAGCAUCUGCCGCGGUGUCUCGUUAUCGAAUAAUCGAUUUGUAUGGAGAAGAUACGAGAUGGGUUGCAAACCUUGAUGUCCACUUCAGCAUUACAUAGGGAAAAAAACGUAAUUCGAGCAAACUUUAGUCGAAGACGCUUACAACUCACCACGUAAUUGUUCAAAUGGAAGUAAUGUGAUGAGAAUGUCAACCGGAGAAGCGUAUAUUUUUAUAGAAUAGUGAGAAUAUAUCUAGGAGACGCAACCCAAUCCGAAACGAAGACAUUGUCCUCAGAGGUCAUCAAAAAAGUAAAUAAAUAAAACCUCGAGCGCAAAUCGCGUCUCGCGAAUAUCACCCGUCGAUGUGCUAGUUUCGUGCAAUAACUAAUAUCUUGGAAUAUUAACUUGUAAGUCCUUAAGAGAAACGUGGAGCGCGUAUUUUUUAUUUGUAAAUGUACAAUCGUGAUUAGGUUCCCCCACCGUAUUUCGUUCUCUUUCACUUAUUCAAGAUGUUUCUUUUCCUCUCUUUCUCUCCCC